AUGAAAGUUGCAAAGCUCUCCCUGCUGGCAUUGAUGCCAAGUGCCAUCGCGGCUCAAAACCUAACUCAACUCCUGGCAAACACUACUCAGCUAUCAAGCCUCAGCGCCUUGUUGUCUAGUUACCCUAGGAUUGAGAGUUCACUGGCCAAUAUUUCCAACGUGACUAUUCUCGUACCAUCAAAUGCCGCAUUAGCAAACUUCACCAACAGCACUUCUUUCCAGGUUUUGGCGUCAGGCCCAAGUGGUAACCGAACGAUCGAGGACCUUCUCAGCUACCACAUCCUUCAAGGUGAAUACUAUGCAAGCAACAUUACUGAUACUCCAGCUUUCAUUCACACUUAUCUGAAUGAUACGGCAUACACCAAUGUUACUAGUGGUCAGAUCGUCGAGGCAAUCAAGCAAGAUAACGAAACUUAUUUCUACUCUGGCUUGCUUGCCAACUCUACAGUGACGCAAGCUGAUCUCAACUUCACUGGCGGCGUAGUACACAUCAUCGACAAGGUACUCACGGUUCCAUUGAACGUUUCGUCCUCUGCAGCAGCCGCCGGACUCAGCGCCGUCGUAGGUGCUCUGCAGGCAGAAAAGUUGACUCAAACAGUGGAUGAACUUAAGAAUGCUACUAUUUUCGCUCCCGAAAACUCCGCGUUUCAGGCCAUCGGUUCCGCUCUGGGCAACUUCACGACUGGUCAGCUCACCGCCAUCCUAGAGUGCCAUGUCCUCAAUGGUACACUGGCUUAUUCCACUGAUCUGAAGAACGACACUCAAUACAUUGCCGUCGAUGGCCGGAACUUAACUGUGCGGAUUGAAAAUGGAUCCAUCUUUGUCGAUUCGGCUCGAGUGGUUACUCCAAACCUGCUAGUCGCCAAUGGCGUGGUACAUGUCAUUGAUAAUGUCUUGAACCCUAACAACACGUCCGCAACUCCUAAUGCCACUGCAACUUCGCAAGUCCCGGCAUUCUCUAGUGCUUCCUCUGCAAAUGGCAUUCCAUUCACGAGCGGAGUAACAGCUUCUGCGACUGUAACCGGCACUGGUGCUGGCGUAGGAGCUAAAGUAACUGGUACCGUGAGCAGCACCGCUGGUGCGAUGCCCAUACCGUCUACUGGAGUCGGUGCCGCCAUGGUCUUUGGUGCUGGUGCAGUAUUGCUCAAUACUGAUGUGUUCUAA